AUGCUGACAACUCGAAUUCGACGGCCUGCGACGCACUCUGUCCUUGCGCUUCGCUCCUCCAGAACCCCGAUAGCCCGGUCACUUAAUGCGCCAUGGUCCCGAUUCGCCAGUAGUCAACCACAAAGCCGAGGCCCGUCAUCGCACUGGCUCCGAAACUCUCUCGGUUUUGCUUCUUCUUGGGCUACUCAUACUACGCUAAUGGAGGAAAGGAAGCUUGGACGGCUGUUCCGGGGGGCCAAGAAGGAGGCCAUUGAUGUCAAUGACCUUCGUGCCCAGUUUGUCCAAGAAAAGCGGAGUCUCAAGAGCUCUGCCGUCUAUACAUGGGGCUCAAAUAUUUAUAAAGUGGUGGAUCCGGGAUCCAAAGACGCCGACAUCAAGACUCCUCGGCGCUUCAAAUACUUUGACGGCCAGGUGCUGAGAGAUCUCAAGAUCGAAGAAAAGUCAGGUGCGGCAAUUAACGAGAAGGGAGACCUUGUACAAUGGGGGCAAGCAUUUUCGGAGACGGACUUUAAGCCUUCAGAGACUCUGACAGGCAAGAAUCUCGUCUCACUUGCUCUGUCUGAAAGUCGAAUCAUCGCGCUAUCUUCAGAUGGGACUGUCUACUCCCUGCCUUUGUCUAAGACCGAGCAAAGCACGGGUCCCAAAUCACGGGAAAGCUCGUGGGUUCCCUUCUGGGCCAGCAAAUCCAAUUUGAGCUACCGUGUGCUCAACCCAUCAUUGAAGCUGGGUGAAAAAGUCACUUCAAUCAGCGGUGGACAGGAACAUGUGCUUCUUCUCACAAGCUCUGGCCGGGUUUUCUCCGCGGCGUCAUCUACCGAAAAUUACCCUUCCUUGGGUCAACUUGGCGUUGAGGGGCUCACCUGGUCCACAAGACCCAAAGGGCCAGCAGAUUUCUGUCACGAAAUCACGGCUUUCAAGGGCUCCAAGAUCGUUAAAAUCGCAGCUGGUGACUACCACUCAUUGGCCCUCGCCGAAGAUGGUCGUAUGUUUGCAUUCGGUGACAACUCAUUUGGCCAACUGGGUGUAAAUUAUGACCCAGAGCGCACCUUUAAGGAUACCCCUUUUGUUGUGAAAGUGAACAAACUUUACAGAAGGGGCAUUUAUGACGCAAAAGUUACCAGCAUUGCUGCGGGAGGUGCUAAUACAUUUUUCUCCGUUGAUUCCACGCGCAUCUUAGGAUCCGAGGAAGAAACUGCCGAUGUUCGUGACCUUGGCAAUGUUACUGCGGACACGUGGUCUUGUGGUAGAGGAAUAUGGGGCACUCUCGGCAGUGGCAGGUGGGUUCAUGUGCAGGAUUCACCCACCAAGAUCAAGGCUUUGAGUGGAGUGAGCGAGUAUGACGAAAAGACAAACCAAAUCACCCCUAUCCGCAUCCGUGCCAUGUCUGUUGGUACAACGCAUGUUUCUGCUAUAUUGGACAACAAGACCAAUAUCAGCAGGAAUACCAAGGAUACUUUGGACCAGUCCAAAGAUUGGGGUUAUGAUGUCGUCUGGUGGGGAGGCAACGAGCAUUUCCAGCUUGGAACAGGGAAGCGAAGCAACCAGGCCAAACCGAUCUACAUCAACGCACCUCCUGAGACUAAGAAACAGGCAGAGGCACGGUUGCAGAUCAUGCCUCGUCAUAAGGGCAAGGUUGGGAAGCGCAAUGUGAACAUGGAACAGCGUGUGGAGUGUGGACGCCAUGUAUCUGCGAUAUAUUCUGCAGUGUAA